AUGACUACCAGGCCUACUCUUGUUUUUGUGCCUGGGGCCUGGCACAGCGCUGAUACAUGGAACAAAGUUACUGCUGAGUUGGAGCCUCAGGACUAUAAAACAAUUUGUACCACUCAUCCUUCAACUUUGUCUGAUCCGACGAAGGGUAUAUCCGAUGAUAUUGAAGAGGUUAGAAAGGCCAUUUUCGCCGAAGUUAUCCAAGGCCGAGAUGUUGUGGUCGUGGUUCACUCAUAUGGUGGGAUGGUGGGCCCGAGUGCUAUCAAAGGCCUGACCGAAGCUACAAUCGAGCGACCUGGAUGUGUCAUCGGCAUCGCCAUGAUGGCGACCGGCUAUUGUGUUACGGGCGUUGGUUUCCUUGAAGGAAUUGGCGGUAAUCCGCCCCCGUUUUGGAAGGCGGAUACCGAAAAGGGAUAUGCCAGGCUUAUUGUUGAUACGAGAGAGUUGUUCUACCAUGACCUCCCAGAAGAAGAAGGCAACUACUGGGUUAGCCGACUGCUGAAUCAUUCAUUAAAGUCCCUUACAGACAGCGGGGAUCAAGUCUAUUCAGGCUGGAAAGAUGUGCCAACUCGAUACUUGAUCACGACUGACGAUAGAACUUUCCCAACAGAGGUUCAGUUGGGCAUUGCCGAGGGUGCCAAGAAACAGGGAGGUGAUGUUGUUGUCGAGCAGAUCCAUACGAGCCACUCGCCGAUGCUCAGUAAGCCAAAGGAAACUGCCGAGUUUAUUGUGAGGGCAGUGGAGAACUUUACAAAAUGA